AUCCGACGACGUCAUCCAGCCCCAGAAGGAGACUCCCGCCGCCGCGAACGGCGCGUACUAUCCCGCGAUGACGAAGCCCGUCGAGAGCGCUUACCACGAUGGCAACAACGCCCCAUCCGCCCCGCCGAUGAGCGCGUCGGUCUACCCUCCCCCCUACGGCGAGCAGGUGAGGUAUCCCGCGAUCCCCUCCGGCGGCGGCGACGGCGGACGGUACGUGGACCCGAACGCGCUUCCCACGGCCGCGGACGCCGCGCGGAUGCACGGCGCCGCGGCCGGCACCGCCGAUCGCAUCGUCCGACGCAUCAUGCUCGUCGACCCGAUCAACGCCGUCGGUUGGCUCGGCGAGCCCCGCACGCGCACGGGCGUCGCGGACUACACGUACAAGCGCGAGAUCACGCACACCGGCGACCUCAUCGACGCCCCCACCGGCGAUCGAAUCGGCAAGAUCCACGACGUCACCCCGCACCGCGCGGAUCCACAAACCGGCCUUCGGCUCUCCGGGCCCAACGUGUUUGGCAAGUACGAAACCGUAGACGGACCGGAGGUGACCCUCGGCUCGUUCGAGCUGGACGCCAGGAAACUGACGGUGAGCGGCACCGCGGCGUCCGUCGCCGUCAGGCUCGUGUACACCGGCGCGUGCGUCCACGACGCGCACGUCUUCCACAUGGGCAACGGAUGGGCGGAUCACUUCACCAUCGCGCACCUCGACGGGUACUUAAAGUUUUCGUUGUCGCCAAACAACGCGUCGGGGGCGUGGGAGAACCGCGUCGAGUGUUCGAGCGGCAUCCGCGACAAGGACUUCGAGCCGGGUAAGAUGUACACCAUCGUCGCGGUGUGCACCGAGGAAGGUCGGAUGCGCCUGUACGUCGACGGAGAGUUGCGCGGCGAGGGCGACGGCUUAGCCGCGCUGCCCGAGUUCGAGACGUCGCGGACGAGAAAAGAGGCGUGGUGCGGGAGGUUCAUGCGGCCGGACACGUCGAUGCCCGUCCGCGCGGGUAUCCUGUCCGUGGAGGCGUUCGACGGCGCCCUGGACGACGCGACGGUCAGGGCGGAGUACUCCGUGCGCGAGGUGUACGCCAACGUCGAAUGAAACGCCAAGGACGGACGUUUCAAGUGUUAAUAAACGUCAUCAGACGCCGUUUCCAAAUGUUUAAAAAUGUAAACCC